UGAAACAGACAGUGUCAAUUAAAACAAAACACCACAACCAAUAUAGCAGCACAAAGCAUUGCUGCAGUUAUACAUUCACUAAUUGCUUAUGCAUUAGAAUUACAGUAUUUUAAAAUCGAGGUACAUUUGCAGUUAAAUUCAAGUUUCACUGAAGGUGGCAAUACUUUAAUUUGGGAUGUGGGAAAGAACUUACUUCUUGAGAAAAGCCGCCAGGGCACGGACAAACUCCUGCUGGUUGACGUCUUUCACUGUGACACCUGGCAUCUACAUCGAAGCAAAAAAAAAAAAAAAACACACAUGGACUUGGUGUGGCUCUACUCGCUGAGCCAGUGCAUCCUAUCCGUACUGGUUGUUGUGGUCAGUGUGAGGUUGUGCGUGGCUAUCAGGGGCAACAAGUCGGUGAGUGACGUGCAGGAGCAACCGGACGGCUCCAGGCUUCUCCCUGGGAGCGUCUCCUGCUGUCUGCGGCUGUGCUUGGGCUGGUUGGGGGCCGUGGGCGGCGCGGUGGAGGUCCCGGUGAAUGUGCUGCUCAACCUGAGAACCCCCCAGUGCCUGUACACCUGCAUCACCAUGGUGUGCUGCCCCCUGCUGGUCAGGCAGUUCACCAUGUUCCUGACGGUGCUGCUGACGCUGGACGCCCACUUGCAGCAUCGACUGGCAGACAGGUACUCCUCGGUGGUGACCCGUCAGCGGACCCUGUGCGUGGUUCUGCUCUGCUGGGUGGCCUCCGUCCUCUGCUCCUUCGCCCAGUUCAUCGGCUCCGGCGUCUUCGACGCCAGGCGGGACGCCGGCGCCGGCUCGGGCACGGCCGGCCUCGGCGUCGACGGCAACUGGACGGCCUCCUCGCCGGACCCCGCCCCUUUCCCCACCUCCAGGUACCACCGCGAGCGCAAGGUCAUCGGGAAAAACCUCCCGUACGGAGGCUUCCUGUCCAAGUUUUACGUGGAGGACAUGCACAAGUUUACCUACGCUGAGGUUCACAGCAGCCACUGGGGAGUUUGUGCCCCUGACAUUGUCCUCAGCUCCCAGUUCCUGGUCUAUGUUUAUGGGAUGACAGUGUUCACGCUUCCCUUGCUCUGCUUCCUGUCCAUUUACCUUGACCUGUUAUGCAUGAAGCCCAGGAAGGCCUCCUUCAGUCAUGCACAUGUUCCCCAACACGUCCGGUUCCUUGCUCUCUCCCUGUCCCUGUUAGUCUUGCUGUGUCUGCCGGUGCUGAUUGUUCACGUUCUUCUGCUUUUCCCCCACAGCACCAAUCUUCCCACCUGGGUCCAUGCAGUGGCCCAGUUCCUCUUUCAGAUGUACAGUGUUGUCCCACAGAUCCUCUUCACUCCUCCACAUAAAAAGCCAAAGGAGAAACAGGCCUUUCCUCUUUCUAUUCCGAACCUUCCUCCUGCAGCCAAACACUCCCUUAAAGCCAAAGUUUGCCCAGAGGUCUGAACUCCUCACACAGUGGACGAUCUGAGUGGUUGUUUUAAAUAUAAAUGUGUUUCAUCAAAUAAAAAACAUAAUCGUU